CACAGUGACACAUUGACUGGGGGGGCUGAGCCGGAGAUGGUGCAGAGAGCGGCGGUGUCCCCAGUAUAAUGAAUCGUCUGCCCCCAGCUCCGGGCUUUCGGGGUCUGAUGCCGCACGUGCGACUCAUUAAGGAGGAUUUUUGUUCCCUCUCCUGAUCUGUUUUCAGUCACAGAGGAGAAUCAGGGUCUCCGCUUAGUAAAGGAAGCAUGGAUGUGGUCUGUGAUGGCAACACUGCUGCCGUUGGUCUAUGUGGGGUCGAGAAAUUGGGAGGCACAGAUGGACGUGUGACAGCACCACUACCUAAUGGAUCUGCGAAUCACAUUACAGAAGACCAGACCAGUGAGUCAAGUAUAAACUGUGAUGUAAGCACUAGGAUCAGUUUGACUGAGGAUGUCUCAGCCAAUGAGAGCUCCUGCCUGCUCAUUCAUCCAGAUGAGGAGUCCAGCCUCUCAGAGGAAACAGCAUUUCCACACCCUGAGGCUCCUGCUGACAGCGUUCCUACAUCCCAGCUCCCAAAUGGCCUGCCAGUCUGCACCCCACCGUCUGCGGUCCGACCCCCUGCGCCCCCAUUGCAGUUUUACGCACGCAAGCCAGACACGAGACGGCAUCACUCUGCCUCUGCAGCAAACAGCCCCAACUCCCUUAAAAGCUCAUCAAGAGCAGUGGCAAACGAACGCUGUGCUCAGUGCAUUCUAUCCUGCCUGUUCUGCGAGGUUCUGACGGCAUGCUCCUUGCUGGUGCAGUGCCUGAACUGCAGCCAGGCCUGCGAGCCCCUGCUCCAGUGCUGCUGCACCUGUGAAAGCGCCGAAUGCGGGCUAUGCGGGGUCGACACCUGCCUGGACUAUAGACAAUGCCUCGAGUCGCCCAGCGGCCUGGAGAUGUGCAUGGAGUGCUGCUCCAUCUGCUUCAGUGCGUAGAUCCACCCGUGCUGAGGUGGGGCCCUGGCACGGGGAGAUGAGGAGCCAGAUCUGAAACCUCACCUAAGGGUUUCAGGCCGAGGAAACAGAGCACAGAGAUGUCCUUGGGAAGAAGUGUGAACGUAAUGGCGUGUGAUGUAACAACAGAACACAUUUGCCCAGUGUGACUCCAGCCCAAAGCCACCUAGAUCCCAGGAGAUGCUUAACUGUGACUGACUGAAACACGCAAGAUUUCAGUCAUACACUCACAUUGUCAAAACUGCUGCACAGGAAUUGUGUUCAGUUGCAGCAAAGCAUAUACUUGUUAGGAUGCAUUUUAUUUGCAUUUAAUUUAAACUGGUACAUAAAUAAUGCAUGCCUAUCUGUGUAAUUUUGAAUCUCGACGGCUGUACUCAACUAAAGAACCAUUUAGCCAUGUAAUGAUUAAUUAAAAUACUAAAGGGACAUUGGAAGUUUUCGCGGUCAAAAGACCGACACCUUUCUAAUAUCAUCGCAGAUGCGCUGAAAAACGAAUUAAGCUCUUUGUGAAGUAAGUGAAGAUGCACGUUUAAAUAUAAAUUACAAACAAAAUAUUGUUUCACCCAUUUGUGUGUCAAGAAAUUAUUUUCCCGCUCGAUUUACAGAAUAUCCUUUUUAAGAUCAUUUUAUAAAGCUAUAUCUAGACCAUCUUGCUUUUUUGCUCUUCUUGUUUGCGAUAGGCAUUAAUUAAUUUAUGGCGAAUAACAAUGCGCCCGUGAAGCACCGAGGUGCUUAUCAGUCACGCAAAGAAACGUGUGAAUUCUGUUAAGUAUACACAUCGCUGAGCUAUAGUAAAAACGAUUACAGAGCGACGGCUGCAGACCAUUAAGAAUUCAUUAUUGAGUUUAUGUGGUAACACAUUACAUGUUUAAAAGAGUUGAUGGCCAAGUCAUCUCUGCUGGAUGCUGAUUGAAUGUGUCCUGGGGGCUUCUCCUGAGACAGUGUCAGGUGAAAAUGCAAACAGUCCUUCUCAGAUAUUUUCGACUUCUUUCAUAAAGAUGCAUUUAUAUUGUCGUUUUUGUAUAUUAAUAAGUACAAUCAAUGGCUACAAAGACGAUAUUGUGAUGUGUACGUAUCUUCUAAGCAUGAAAUUUUUGCAACAAAACGAUCCUUCUAAUUUAUCUCGGUGUCCAUAUUAUAGGGUGAAGUGCACCCCCUAGUGGACCACCACUGGAGGUUCUACAUGGUCCACCCUUAAAUGACUCACUAGCCAGAUCACAAUCAUUGGCUGUCAGCUCCUCCUGCCUGGUGAUCCGUACUCAUCAGAGGAACAGUGCUAAGAAAAUAAAGUCCCAUCCCUCGCGCCCAGGUCACUUCCAGCAUCUCCCUUCUUAGAGAAAGCUUAGAAUCAGAGCCUUGAACACAAGGACUAGCGGCCACUGGAACGGCUUCUCCCCCCAGGCUGCUGCCCCGCUAAAUAAGGGCCAAUCGGAAGCACGCUGGCACUUACGGAAGUAUUUCAUGUAUCAUUCCCCUAUGACUAAAUAAGCUCAUUUUCACAAACCGCAAAGCUGUCUGCACCCUACAGGGACAGAAAACCCUAAAGACCAUCUCGCCUCUAUGCCUGCUUGUCUUAUUAUUUGCACAUCUUAAUUUUUGUUUCUACCUCUAUUCUACUUUUAUUCUAUUUGUUUGUUUUUUGUACUUUUGUUUUGUAUGCUUAACUGUAUACUUCUUGCCAUCACCGGCACCAAAACAAAUUCCUUGUCCUUUUUGUACUUGGCAGAUAAAAGAUUCGGCUGUCGUGUUCUGUCGCUCGGGAAUUUCCUAGGAGCAACUAAGUCUCCAUUCUUACCUCUGAUCCCAUGAUUUCCUCACUUGUACAUCCCAGCUUUUCAUUAUAACCACAUUUCUGACUGGUAAACAGAAGCUGCACAUUACGCCUGCUGCUUAUGAAGAGAGAAUGUCCUUCAGCAUCAAUUCCCCUCAGCUCAGAAAGAGCAGAGACACAGAACACAAUGUGACCGAAUCGCAGUGGGGUGGAGGACAGAUCCCCCCUCCCCAUCCACCUGCGUGUAGCUGAGGGGGGGCUAAGAUGCAGCAGGCAGGUGCAAACUCACUCUGAAUACUUAUUUCUGUCAUCGCCAUGGCAACAGACAUCAUGCAUAAAACAUCACAAAUUGCUUCCAUCCAAAAGUACACUGGUUUUGGCUGAAACUUUCCACAAAUCUGUGCAUUUUCCAGUGAUGUUCAGAAACCACUUUAGUGGAGUUUAAUUAGAGAACUGAAGUGAGACAGGGCUGACAAGCUGACCGAUACGAGAGGCCAUAGCGUCUUUCAAAUGGAGCUCAGGGUUCAGCAACCUUGACUGAUCAAUGACUGUUGCCCCACUAGUAAAGAAUUGCUUCUAUUUCUCGCCACCUCGCUAACUGCCUGCGAUGGUGAGUCCUGCAUGUCUUGGCACAAGAGCGAUCCCUGACCAUUCAGUCACCCUAAUUAACAGGAAGACAUGGAACAACUCAAAAUGGCAGCAAGGUUGGGGUACAGAGGCAUGUGCAGAUAAAAGCUUAGUGACACUGGAUUUCUGUCCUUCGUUUGAAAACCAAUAACAAGGCUAUAGGAAUAAGAAUUAGAACCUUUAUUGCCACAGUACAGAGCAGCAAGU